ACCACCACCCACAUCUCCAAUUUGAAAGCCGCCUCUCUACCGGGAGAGGAAGGCUCUUUUUCGGUCAGAUGGCGUGCUGCAGUCCGCCCCCGUCAUUCUCCAGCCCACACAGACAGGGCAGCCAGCAACCAAUACGGUGCGCCGGAGGAGGAUUUCUGCCAGUGAUUUCAGACGAGCUACGAUACGCAAAGGGGAUCUACUACGCCACUUUGAGCAGGGGAAGCUUUCGGAAAAGGCAACAGGUUUCACUCCGCGAGCACCGACCUAUGCUGUGACAUCGCGUGGCUGGAGACACCUUUCAGUGAUUACGCAGGUCCCCUCUGUACCCAUUCGCCUACCUGACCUCGAAAAGAGCUUUGUGUCAUGUCUUUGCCACGCACACUUGGGGAGCUGCAGCUGUAUCGGGUGCUGCAGAGGGCCAACCUGCUAGCCUAUUAUGAAACCUUCAUCCAACAGGGCGGUGACGAUGUGCAGCAGCUCUGCGAGGCGGCAGAGGAGGAGUUCCUGGAGAUCAUGGCACUAGUUGGCAUGGCCACCAAGCCACUUCAUGUGCGUAGGCUGCAAAAGGCCCUCAGAGACUGGGCUGCCAACCCUGCCCUCUUCAGCCAGCCCGUCUCUAAUGUUCCUCUGGGGGGCAUCCCACUGUUCAAAGUGGAAGGGACAGGAAGUGGACCAGCAGGCGGGCCCAGGAAGUCUGUGAGCAAUGGGCAGCCCGGGUCUCCGUGUGAGAGGGAGGACCGGGCUUGUCUUACUCCAAUGCACAGUGGCAGCCCAAGAAGCCCCUGCUCCCAGGCGUCCCCACAGCCACCAGACACACACUACAGAGAAAAACUGUCCCCCAUGGAUCCACACUGGCUCAGCCCAGAGCCUGAUGGGAACUACAGCUUGGCUUCUGCCUCUGGAGUAGAGGAGGAGCCGCCUAGCCCACAGUGUCCCCUGGGUCCCUGCAUAUCUCCAAUCCCCUCUGCAUCUUUCAACUCGACAGCCCUGUCAGCCUGGCCCGGAGGACAGUUGGAUGGAGAGACUGCAAGGGCGGUGGUGGAGAGUGUGGAUAGGCUUCUCAGGACACUGCCAAGGUCAGAUCCUACAGAGGUGAAGACUCUGCUCCGGAUGAACAAGAAGAUGGCAAAAACUGUGGGUCACAUCUUCAAAAUGGGCUCCCAGGAUGUCAACAAAGAAGAAGAAAUUAGGAAGUACAGUCUCAUCUACGGACGCUUUGACUCCAAGAGGAGAGAAGGGAAGCAGCUUACACAUCAUGAGUUAAUCAUCAAUGAAGCUGCAGCCCAGUUCUGUAUGCGCGACAAUGCCCUACUGCUGAGACGGGUGGAGCUCUUUUCUUUGGCUCGGCAGGUGGCAAGAAAAUGUGCUUACACCUCCACACUCAAGCAUGCAAGGACAAAUGCAGAUGAGAACAACGUCCUGCUCCUGAAGAGAGCGAAACAUGAGGUCAUUGUGCCUGAGAGUGUGUCAUCUCUCCUCGGAGUGGACGGCUCAGAGGGCAUGACCCAGAGGGCAGAUGAUGACAGCUUAUCCACAGAAAGCCUCGACAGUGUCUCACAUGACAUCGGCUCCCAGUGCAACCAGUCUCCGUCCCCCAGGCCCCACUCCGAUACCUCUAACCCUGCCAACUGGAGUCGCCAUCUCAUACAACAAACGCUAAUGGAUGAAGGGCUGCGAUUGGCACGGUUGGUGUCACAUGAUCGGGCUGGCAAGCUCAUCAUAGGAUCAGAAGGAACUCACUCUACAGGAGUAUGUGCUGGACUAUUUUCUGUCUGGAAGCUGCUUUUCACUUCUGUGAGUAUUCAACAAACAAGUUAUAAUGUGUUAAUCAUGGAGCUUUAGAGGUGCUGGUGUUGUGAUUGUCUUAGUUUCAGAUGGAAACAGGCUAGCAGUUUCCCUCUGCUUCAAGUCUUUCUGCUAAGCUAACCAACUGCUGACGUUAAGAUUUUUCAACAAACAAACAUUAGAGUGGUGUCAAUCUCCUCCUCUCCUUCUUACCAACAAAGAAGAUAUCCAUAUGUCCCAAAAUAUCUAACAAAUUAUUAACAUUUAAAUGAUAGGUGGUAAUCAAAAGAGAUGAGGUUGAUGUCUGGGGACAGACAGAGACUCCCUAACCUCUCCUAACAAUAAAAACUUCAUAGCUCUCGAGUUUGAACUCUAGUGAGUCAGACUCAGUGACGCCGCCCACCAUGCAAAGCUGAACUUCACCAGACUGCAAAUUAGAGACGAGAGAAGUUAGCAGGGGAAGCAGAAGGAGGUGGAGAGCGAUAUAUGGAGAGGAAAGGAGUGCAAGAGGGAGGGUUGAGAAGAAGAGGAGGAGGGGGGUGUUACACUGUUACAGCACUUCCUCAAUGCCCUGUUAGCGUAGCAUUUUUUUAUUAUUCAUCACAGCUUCUCACAAGAAAGAACAAAAAGGGAGUCAUCUGAGCAAGUUAGUCGUUCUGGGCUGUGAUAGCAAGCCAGAGAGAUGAAGCGAGAAGGAAGCCAGCAAAGACA